AUGUCUUCAACACAACCAACCAUUGCAAUUACAUCAUCAAUUUCGCCGAUUAUUAAAGGUCAAACUCAAAGUACAACAACACCAGUAAUAAAUCCAGGAACCCUAGGCAGUGUGACGAAAUUAAGCGGAAAUGUGUCGAACAUUUCCGCUACGAUCUCUUCGAUUCUAUAUAAUAAAACACAAAAGUCAAUUAACGAAUUAAUUUACAACGGGACCGGUUAUUACAUAGACGAGGAAGAUGAGCCAGGUUUAACCGAUUUACACACCUUAUUGCUGGCCUGUUUCGCCACUCUGGUGAUUCUCGCAGUCACAGUUUCUACAGCUUAUGGAAUUCGGUUGCUGUGGAAGAAAUAUAUAGGGAGCAAACAGAACUCUCAGUAUGACGGGAUAUUACGCCGAGAAGGAACUUCCGAGUCGAUAUCGAGGCCGUUACAUUCUCAUCUUCUCGACGAUAAGCUGGCCAGCACUGACACUCAUCUCUCGGUGAAUACGGAAGAGUUAGAUGUCACCAAUGACACAGAAAUUAACGCACAAGUAAGAUCUAACAGCCACUCGAAUACCAACGGCAGCAUAAUCACAAUGACUUUAAAGAAUAAUCAUCUUAUAGUCGAAACGGAAGAGAGAAACGACCUCGAAGAAGACAGCAGGGAAACCACCAUGAGAUAUUCUCCUAACACCAAAGAUGGCGUUUUCGUGGUUGAAGUCCAACAGGGAAUGCGCCGCAGUCCCGGGUCCACCCGCGUAGAACCAGAACUCUCUGCUUCAAUCAGCGACCAAUGCGCUCUAGUGCACAACCCUCCAGAUAAGUACAGCGACGAAGAGACCCUGGAAGAAUACGACGAUAGCGAGUACUACAUAGAAACGGUCUCGCCCAACACGGAAACUCCGGACUCGCUUUCCUCCAAAGCCAAAACAGGCUUGGCUCAAUCCAACACCAGCUUGAGUCAUCCUUCAUACUGUUACGCCAAUCAAACUGGCUACGAUGUGAACGGAUACGGAUGUGGCGUGCUCUUUGCUGGAGUGGCGGUGCGCAAUGAGAAUUCGGAGGAUAGGGAGGUGGAUGAUGUGGUACCGAAAAUAACGGGGGCCGUUUACAAGGGCGGUUUGAAGAGGAGUCCGAGCACGGAGGAUCUGCAUUUGGCUUCGAUUGAGGGCGGGAGGAGCGGCAGUUCGUUGGAGAAUCCAGUUAGUUAG